GUGAGAGUCGAUUGGCUGAGCAGCCAAAUGAGCCUGAGGGUUCAUUAUGAUAUGAAGUCUCCUAGGAGGCAGAUGCGACAAGAGGUAUCCCAGUCUUCAGUCAUGGAUAUAGAGACAGAGCAGGUUGAGGCUGAGGUUCUGGGGCUAGACAGGGAGGAUCCCACAGAGGGCAUACAGAGCCAGCGAGUGGAGUCGUCACCUCUAGAUUUCGGGGAUACUCCUCAACGAGAUGGAGGUCAGAGGGAGACUAGCCCAAAGGGCCACGUUGAGGCACGUCCGGAGCAUACCCAAGACGCACCCAGGACUCAUGAGGAGGAGAGUUUGCCAGAGUCUCGGGGGCUGAUAGAUCACGAGUCUGUCAGGAGGGAUGCAUGGUUAGCCGAGGAGAUGGGACAGAUGCCAUCAUUACAUUUUUCAGGUUGGUUCGCUUUUGAGCGAUUGGGUCAGGGUGCGAGACCGCACUUGCCGAAGGGUCAGACCACUGGAGGGCUUAGGGUACUAUAUGAUGACCUAACCAUGCAGAGGACCUAUAUUGGUAACGACCUCACAGCAGCUCGAGAGGCAACAGAGCAGUUGGAGAGCCAGGUGUCGACUCUUGUAAGGUUACGGCGAGAGACUGAGGAUCAGACACAGAGGCUUUUCUAUGAGGAUGCGGCCACAGCCGGAUGGCAGGAGGAGGUUAGGAUGAGGAGACAGACAGGAGAGGAGCUCAUGCCUGAGGGCGAGCGUACACAGGCAGAGGAGGGGCUCCAAGCGAGAUCAUUGCUAUCUGAGGCCUCAGUGCGAGAGUUGGCAAGCGUGAUGGAGCAUGUCAAGAGAGGCACACAGACCGAGGUUGCGCGAGAGAAGGAGCUCCAUGAUGCGGUACAGAGGAUAGACGUUCUGGAGCAGGAGAACAGAGGAUUGAGGGACAUGGUACGUGACCUCGUCACUAGCGCACAACAAGCGAGAUAGUCCACCUCGAGACUUGAGCAGAGAAUUACUGAUUUAGAGGAGGGUAGAAGGCGACAAGCCAUAACAGAUCU